CUCAUCACAAUCUGAGAUUUUCUUUUCUUCAAUAAAUAAAUAAAUAUAAACAGAAAGUAUAUAUUUAUAAUAGUUUUUUUUUUGUUUUCAAUUUUUUUACAGAGAUGAAAAUGUUCUUAAAGUCAGAAGGAACAUUCGUAUUAUAGCAUCUUUGAGUUCUUGAUUAAAUUUACAUUUUUCAGCUUUUGCCUCUUCAUAGAUCUUCCAAAUUUCUAGUAUUUCUUUUGAUUCUGAUCCAAAGUGCAAAUCUUUAUACUGGGUUUUGUAUCUCUUGUUUCCAUUUUUGAAUUCUAGGGUUAAAUUUUUCUCAAUGCACUUCUUGAUUCUGGUUUAAAAAUCAAAACUUUAUAAUGGGUGUUGAAUAAUAUUUCCCAUUUUAAAUAAUAAUAAUACAUGAUUCUCGAAUAUGGAGAAAUGGGUAUGUUUGUAAUGUUGUAAAGUUGUGAUUUUUAGAAUGAAUUUUGGCAAUGAGGGGUGAAGGAGAGGAGGAGAGGGAAAACAAUGGAGAGUAUGGUAGAAGUGAGGAGUGAAAGGGUACAACAAUCUAUACAACGGGUAGUGAUACAGAGGACUAGGUUGAAACUGUUGUUUAUUCCUGUUUUUACUAGCAUUUUGGUAUGGGCCUGUUUGGUUCAGCUUUGGCAUAUGCGCUUGCUUUCGGGUUUCACUCGUGUAACUAAAGCAUCGGUUCGUGUUGAUGAGACUGUGCAUUCGACUACACCUAAGUUUUUUUUUGCUGAUAUCAAUCCAUUCUCCAUGGGUGAUACUUCAAGUGAUGUGAAUGCCAAUAACUCCCUAAAACGACCAGACUUCAAUAGCCCAUUCUAUAUACAUCCAUCUGAAAAUGCUGCGUCUGCCUUGCUUCCUGUGGUGUUUGAUGGAACUAGUUAUAGAUCGUGGAGACGAGCAGUUCUUAGGGCAUUAUCCGUUAAGAACAAAACUGGAUUCAUCAAUGGUAAGAUUGUGAAACCAAGCUUUACAGAUCCAUCAUUCAUGCAGUGGGAGAGAUGUGAUGACAUGGUGACAUCUUGGAUUCUGAAUUCCCUCUCCCCAGACCUGCAAGAUAGCCUUCAAUAUGUUAACAAUGCUAAGGAAUUAUGGGAGGAAUUGGAAGAUAGAUAUGAUCAGACUAAUGGAUGCAAACUGUACCAAUUGCAGAAGGAAAUAAAUGACUUGGUACAAGGUACUUUAGACAUUACUGGUUACUAUACAAAAAUGAAGAAGUUAUGGGAGGAAAUGAGUGCAAUUGAUGUCCAUUCUCAGUGUAGUUGUGUGUGUACUUGUGGAGGAAAGGUAAAAUUGUAUAAGACUGAGCAGGACAGAAGACUUAUACACUUCUUAAUGGGUCUGAAUGAGAUGUACACUGCUGUGCGAGGGAACAUCCUCAUGAUGUCUACUUUGCCCACAAUGGCACAGGCAUUUGCUAUCUUGUCACAGGAAGAGAGGCAAAGAGAAAUGAAGUCUCCAAACCAUAUGGCUUUGGAAUCUACUUCACUUAAUGCUUCUAUGUUGCCUCAAAGUAAUGCAACAAACUCUGGUUCUUAUAGAGGAAGCACAGGUAGGGGAAAUGGAAACUACAACAACACUGGCAAUUUCAACAACACUAAUACCUAUAGAGGAAACUCCAACAUUGGCAAUAGAUCAAAUAUGUUUUGUGAAUAUUGCAAACGAACUGGACAUGUCAAAGAUAGGUGCUACAAACUUCAUGGUUAUCCAUCCAACACAAGAAAUCCAAGAGGAAGAGGCAAAGGAUCAGCAGCAAAUGUACAUACUUCUGAAGGUGAUGGCAACAAAUGUGAAGAAAACUUUGAGCAGGGAAAACAAAUGCCAGUGAACCUGUCAAAAGGUCAAUAUGAACAGUUACUCAACUUACUUGGAAAUAUGCAUGGUGGAGCUGAAUCUGAUUACUUAAACAGUGUGUCAAGUGGAGCUGCAAGCUUAGCAGGAAAUUAUACAAGUAAUGGGUUUCUUCAAGUGUCCUGCAAUGGUGGUUUGAACCAAAUGCGUGCGGCGAUUUGUGACAUGGUGACUGUUGCACGGCUUUUAAAUUUAACGCUGGUUGUCCCAGAGCUUGAUAAAUCAUCAUUCUGGGCAGAUCCUAGCAAUUUUGAGGAUAUUUUUGAUGUGAGACACUUCAUUGAUUCAUUAAGAGAUGAAGUCAACAUAAUAAAGAGACUGCCAAAGAAAGUUGCAAGGAGCUAUGGAUACCAUCCAGUAGUAAUGCCUCCUGUUAGUUGGUCAAGUGAAAAGUACUACUUGCAACAGAUACUGCCUCUCUUCAGCAAGCAUCAGGUUGUAAACUUCAACAGGACAGAUACUAGGCUAGCAAAUAACGGGAUCCCUCUUGAGCUUCAGAGACUUAGAUGUCAGGUCAAUUUUCACGCUCUGAAAUUCACACAGAAGAUUGAGGCAUUGGGACAAAAGUUAGUCCAUAUGCUUCAGCAGAGAGGACCAUUUGUAGCAUUGCAUUUACGGUAUGAGAUGGAUAUGUUGGCUUUCUCUGGUUGCACUGAAGGCUGCACAGAGGAGGAAGCAGAGGAGCUCAAACAGUUAAGGUAUGCAUUUCCAUGGUGGAAAGAGAAAGAGAUUGUAUCUGAUGAGAAGAGAUCUCAAGGCUUGUGUCCCCUCACACCGGAGGAGACAACUUUGAUUCUACAAGCAUUGGGUAUUGAAAAGAAUAUGCAGAUUUAUAUUGCGUCGGGUGAUAUUUAUGGUAGUGAACAAAGACUUGCUACACUGAGAACUGCCUUCCCAAAGAUCUGUUGUGAAAGGCGCUCGCCUAUCUGCAGCGGGGCGAGGCGAUUUGAAAACGGCGAGCUGUGGCGACGAAAAGGCGAUGAUCGAGAGUCAAGCUUCUUCGCGCUGCUGCUCCUUCGCGAUUGCUGCCAGGUGAAAAAGGAAAUGUUGCUUGAUCCCGAAGAGUUGCAGCAGUUCCAGAAUCAUUCAUCUCAAAUGGCAGCACUGGAUUUCAUAGUAUCAACUGCUAGUAACAUAUUUAUCCCUACUUAUGAUGGCAACAUGGCUAAACUUAUCGAAGGUCAUCGUAUCAUGGUUAUAAGAAAACCAUCCUAUUGGAUCGGAAAACUCUGGUAGGGUUAUUGGACUUGCAUCACAACCGGACCCUUUCAUGGGCCGAGUUUUCAGCUGCUGUGCGACAGUCGCACGAGGGAAGAAUCGGGCAACCAGCUCAUCGAAGAGUUAUCGAGGACAAACCCAAAGAAGAAGAUUACUUUUAUGCAAAUCCUCACGAGUGUCUGUGUGAGAGUGCAAGAUGUGAAGGUCUCGAUAAUUCAACUGAAGUUCGAUGAGACAUGUCCACCAAGUUCCAUAAACUUGCAUAUAUAUUCGGUUCCACAGCCUAAUGCACAGGCAAUUUUUUAUGAAGAAAAAAAAGCCGAAGGCUCAAUUUUUUUUCCGGUCACACAUCAAGAUUCUUUAGAGGAAGGCAAAAACUGUGGCCUUUCUGAGUCGCGAGGACUCUUAGUUAGAUGAGUCAAUUCUUGAGAUGCAACAUGAGAAAGAAGGAAGGAUUGGUGCCAUCCGCGCUUCUUAUUAUUGAAAGUAAUUGAAGCUUUGAAGCUUGUUUUUUUUUCAUUCCUUUCAAUUCUUUCAAUUGAUUUUUGCAACAUUUAGCUAUAUAAAGUUGAGUGAUUUUCUAGUAAACACAUUUUUUUCUUUGUAAAGGGAAAAUCCAUGACCUUAGGCUUUGUGUGUUUGCAGUUGCCUAGUUUUAGGACUCAAAAUCAGUUUUGCAAAUGCUACUCCCACCCAAAAAGGUAGCUAGCAAUUGUGAAUACAUGUAUAUAUUGGUUUAGAUGUUUCAAUUUUGUUUGUUUA